CUUCUUCUCUCCGCACCCCAUCCGCCGCAAGCGCAAGACUCAAGGACCUUCGUUCACACCAAGUGCAGCGCACAGACGCUGCUCGCCCAGCGCGGCUCUCCCAGGUCAGAUUUGCAGCUGUAUGCCCCGCUGCUGCACCUCAGAGCGCCGCUGCGAGGUGUGCACGUGAGAGCGCGCUGAUCCCGGGCUUGCCGCGACUGCGCCUCGUCCGCAUUGCGGCUGGCUGCGCAGCCCCAUCUCGCAGUCACCGCUGCGGAAGUACAUCGACGCUGAGCGCGACGGCACUCGGCUCGCAUCGUGAAAGGGCAAGCGAUAGCACGAGAAAGGAUAGCAGCUGCGCCGCGCUGGCCCGCACUCGCGCAGAUAGCUCUGCUCGGGCAGGCAGUCUUUGGAGAUGAACAGCACGGAAGCUGAAGAUGACGAGGCGCGGCAACAGCUAAAGGACGCUCAGCCGCCGGCAUCCGACGCGAGCGCCGAGGAGACCUAUCCCAUCCAUCCUCUGCUCCUGCCCAAGCACUCGGACUCCGCCACAAGCGACGAGGUCAGCAUGGCCGCAGAGAACGUUGCUGGCCCGUCAAGGCAGGAAGCCUUGCGCGCUCACGAAGAUGACGCCUACCCAAUGCUGGGCGCCUACGGAAUGAUGGGCGGCGAGGACACGGACGACGAGACGACGCCGGCGGCUGGUCCCUCAAAGGCGGCCCCGCGCGGUGUCCUAGGGUCGCUAGCCAGCACCCUGCGAAAUCGGCCUCAGGCCGGCGACGGCACAUCGCCCCGCAAGGAGCGCAGUUCGGGCAGUCGCCCGACAUCCAGGCAUGCUGCCGGUCACAGCAACAGCAGCGGCCCAUCGAGCGGCAAACACACGCCUGCAAUAGUCGGCAAGGCGACUGAGGGCGACUACGCUAAGUUCUUGGCAGCAUCCGACCUCAAGGACCGCCUCGAGGAGGAGGAGGCACGCAUGAUUGCGCGCGACCUCUACCUGGCCAAGCACCCGGGCAAGCGCGAGAAAGGGCGCCGCAGCUUCUCGGGCGGCAAGCAGGCGGCGCUGAGCGGCGAGGCGCUGGGCAGCAGUCCGCCCAAGUCUCGCGCCGAGCCGACACUCGAGGAGCGCGGUUACUUUCCGGGCGACUUGAGGCACCACGGACAUCUUGACGGCUCGCGGCAGAGGAAGAGCCACUCGCGGCGCAGCAGCGCACACGCCAGCCGGCCCACGUCGGUCAAAGAGCUCAAAGCGCCGGCCAUCUGCGGCGCCGUCGAGUCCUCGGGCUCGGACGAGGAGGCUCGCGCCGCCACCACACUGGUCGGCUCUGCGCUAGACAGCUCCGACGAUGAGGCCUUAGACAAAGCAGGACCCGUGCUGGGUGGCGAGUCUGACUCCGAGUCGUCCUCGUCGCUCCUUGAAGUCGUGUCCGAGGACCGCGACCCCUCGACCAUCUCGCUCAAGUCGCACGGCUCAGACGACACGUCUGGCGUCUUCUCGCUGCACAGCGGCGGCGCCUCGCACCACUUGCAGAAGCCUCUGCUGGAGCUCGAGGAGCUCGAGCUGGAGAGCUUCCUCUCGAACUUUGGCCGACACACGCGCGAGGUGCGCGUGCCGCAGUCUCUGACGUUUCCACAGCGCAGAAUGCCGCGCCUCGAUGACUUUCGCGUGGAUCCCGAGGAGGCAGUCGCUGCUGCACGGCGAGGGCAGCGCGUCACGGUGCUGACUCACGUCGAUCGCGGCCUGCAGCGCCUGGCCGAAGAUCAGGGCCCCGGAGUGCCUCCGAGUCGCAGCAAGCAGAUGCUCGCUGAUACGCCCGUGAAGCUGGACAAGAACAGCAAAAAGGCGCGAGAGGGCGGUCGAGCCGGCAGCCCGCAUGUGACGUGGGCCACAGACGACGGCUACGUUCCGCAGUCGACGGACGAGGGCGCGGCCGUCUUUGGCGCGCCGGAGGACAACCUCGAAGGCCUGCGGCAGCGGUCCCUCGAGAAGUCGGAGCGUGCGGCCAAGAAGGAAGAGGGCAAGGCCGCCUCGGCAAAGGCACGGCAACGAAAGGAGGAGCAAGAGGCGGCAGAGCAGGAGCAAGAAGCUCGUGCAGAGGCGCUCAUGAGCAACCCGUCGGCGGCGCUCAAGCACGACGGCGAGUCGUGGGAGCUCGUGUCUGCCUCGGAGGGAGUCGAGAGCAGCAUGGCCGGCGAGCCCAGGGUAGACACGAUUGCAUUCUGCAUCGCCUACAUCCUCGCGCUCAUCGAGCGCUACGCGCCCGAGGAGCUUGACAACAGCCCGGACCAGUCGUACCGCGAGAGCAAGGCGCGCUCGCACGUCGAGCGCCUCUACAUCAUCGCGCCCUUCUGGGAGCGCUUCCUGCUCGGUGCUCGGCGCAUGUACCGCUGGGAGAGCCCGCGCCGCACGGGCACGGCAGCGAUGGCCUACUUUGUGCUGUGGUACAUCGACGGCAUCUUUGUUGCGUUCUUGCUCAUCCUGAUGUUCUAUAUUAUGCAAUUCCGCUUCUUCCCGCCCGACGCCUCGUAUCUGCACGAGCAGGUGCGCAAGCGCAUGGCCCGAGGCCGCGAGGCCGACAAGCUUGCAGAGCGGCUCCGACGCAGAUCACGACUGGACGUGCUCGAGAUCUACAAGCGCUGGGUGGUCAAGUUCGGUCUCGCCUCGCAGAUUGCUGCUGGCGACUUGGCCGAUGGCCACGAGAAGAUCAAGAACCUGAUCCUCUGGCGCAACCCAACGGCGACAUGGCGCACGCUCUCGAUCUUCGGCGUCGUGACGGUGCUGGUGGCGGUGACGCCGACGUACUACAUCGCCAAGUUCCUCUGGCUCCUGCUCGGCUUCACCUUCUUCAUCCUGCUGCCGCUGCAGAGCCACUAUCCGCGCUACCGACGGCCCUUGUCGCCCGUAUGGUGGGUGCUCUGGGGCUCGCCCACCGACGCGCAGUUUGCCAUCCAGCUGCUGCGCCGGCGGCACCUGGAGAAGCAGGUCUCCAAGGGCGCCACGCUGCAGCGCGCGCCCAGUGACGAGGACGGCCUGGCUGCUGCCCCGGCCGGCGCGGCGGAGGAGAUGAAGAGCAAGUCGCCGCUCAAGAUGCUCACGCCGCAGAAGCGCUCCUCGGCCGCACAUGCCGUGGCGCACGGCGCCAUGCGGCCGCUGCGCGAGGGCGAGGGCCUGCUGUCGCUCGAGGAGCGUGUCGUCAAGGACGGCGUCGAGACGCUCAAGCCGCGCAAGCUGGGCAGCUUCUUCUGCCAGCACAACGCAAUUCCCGGCCAUCUGACCAUCACGACGCGCAUGAUCUACUUUGUCGCGCUGCACUCGGUGCGCCCCGAGCGCAGCCACAAGACAUGCAAGACGCCGCUCGAGGACAUUGCCGGGCUGGUCAAGACCAAGUCCAUCCGCCUGCUGGUGUGGAGCUCGUCGGGCCUGCAGGUGCAGCGCUCCAGCAAGCCAUCGCUCUUCUUCUCCAACAUGAGCCACCGCGACGACGCCUUCAAUCUGCUGCUCGCCAUCUGCUCGGAGCACUGGUCCAAGAAGAAAGACUAGCGCGCGGCGCAUGCUCCUUGCCGCCACUGCUCUCUCUGCUCUGCCCCUGCGCCUUAUCUGUCCCCGCUUGCCUAUGUACCCCCCUCGCUGCGUCGCCACGCCUGUCAUGCGCGCGCGAUCGAUUAUACCUGGAUUGACAUUGCUGGCGCCUG